UAAUUUACCCUAAAAAAUGUCGGGAAACACACCCAAAACAAUGUCUAAAGGACUCAUGGGCAUGAAGUUCAUGCAGCGUGCUGCAGCAAAGUCUUCACCUUCGUCGCCGGCUACUUCCAAUGGACCUCCGGCCAAGAAGGCGCGUCUUUCACAUGGCGCAUCAGCCGUAGGAACCUCAGAUCAAGAGAUUAUACAAUCAGGACUCGACGCCGAAGAAGCAAAACGUCAGGCGGCGCUGGACAAGGCGGCGCAACACGCGGGUGAAACCAAGUGGGUACUGAGCUUUCAAGAUCCUCUCAAGGGGAAGCGGCAAGAUGCUAUGCAGGUUAGGCAUGCGGGGUAUGCGGAAAUCGAUGCGCAAGACGAUUCAGAGGAGGACGAAGAAGAAGACACCAGACCUGUGAGAAUGCAGUUUGGUGGUGGUGUCAAAAAGGCAGACACUUCGGUACCGAUGGUAAAAGCAGAUGACUCGGAAUCUGACUCGGAGUCUUCAUCGGACGAUUACGACUCGGACGACGCUGCAGCAGAUCUUAUCCGACAGACGAAGCGCGAAAUGGCUUCGGAAAAGCGAG